CGCCUCCCCGCAGGCGGACUUGCCCGCUCCCAGGCCCGCCCCGCGCCCGGGACAGGGACCCGGCCGAGCGAAGCCGCCGCGCCAGCGCCGCGCCGCCAGCCCGUGCGCCUAGCGGAUCGGAGCUGUGCGCGAAAGUGUCGUGCCCCGCCCCGCUCCACCCGCGAGGGUCUGUAACCUCCGGCAGGUGUCGGGUGGUGAUUAGUGCUCCAUUAGCUGAUCUGUGAGUUGGGCUCGUGGCAUCUGCCCCCCUCCCAGGUUUGGGAGGCCCAGGGAGAGCUCCAGCUCUUUCCCCAAAGGGACCUGCUGGGAUGGAGGAGGCUGGUCAGAGCAGGGAGAUUUUUGCUCAGACACCUUUCAGGUGGCCCGAGGCAGCCGGGAUGACAGCUCUCCCCAGGAACCCUGCUACCCGCUGAGAAACAUGAUCAGCAAGUCCCGCUGGAAGCUCCUGGCCAUGCUGGCUCUGGUCCUGGUCGUCAUGGUGUGGUAUUCUAUCUCCCGGGAAGACAGUUUUUAUUUUCCCAUCCCAGAGAAGAAGGAGCCAUGCUUCCAGGGGGAAGUGGAGAGGAAGGCCUCUAAGCUGUUCGGCAACUACUCCCGAGAUCAGCCCAUCUUCCUGCAGCUGAAGGAUUAUUUCUGGGUCAAGACACCGUCUGCCUAUGAGCUGCCGUACGGGACCAAGGGGAGUGAAGACCUGCUCCUCCGGGUUCUAGCCAUCACCAGCUACUCCAUCCCAGAGAGCAUCCAGAGUCUCAAGUGUCGCCGCUGCGUGGUGGUGGGGAACGGGCACCGGCUUCGCAACAGCUCGCUGGGGGACGCCAUCAACAAGUACGACGUGGUCAUCAGAUUGAACAAUGCCCCAGUGGCUGGCUACGAGGGCGACGUGGGCUCCAAGACCACCAUGCGUCUCUUCUACCCUGAGUCCGCCCACUUCGACCCCAAAGUGGAGAACAACCCAGACACACUCCUUGUCCUGGUAGCUUUCAAGGCAAUGGACUUCCACUGGAUUGAGACCAUCCUGAGUGACAAGAAGAGGGUGCGAAAGGGCUUCUGGAAGCAGCCUCCCCUCAUCUGGGACGUCAACCCCAGGCAGGUUCGGAUUCUCAACCCUUUCUUCAUGGAGAUUGCAGCGGACAAGCUGCUGAGUCUUCCCAUGCAGCAGCCGCGUAAGAUGAAGCAGAAGCCCACCACCGGCUUGCUGGCCAUCACGCUGGCACUCCACCUCUGCGACCUGGUGCAUAUCGCCGGCUUUGGCUACCCAGAUGCCCACAACAGGAAGCAGACCAUUCACUACUAUGAACAGAUCACACUCAAGUCCAUGGCGGGGUCAGGCCACAAUGUCUCCCAGGAGGCCCUGGCCAUCAAGCGGAUGCUGGAGAUCGGAGCAGUCAAGAACCUGACGUUCUUCUGACUGGGGCGGAAGCUGUAUCCACCCGUCUGCCCGCUUGGCCGCCUGAACGACCCCAUCCGUGGCUGUGGGGGUGCCUGGUGAUGCGCUUGGAAUCCCCCUCCCCUGUGUGGAGAGGGGUCCUGGUACUGGCCGGGCCUGAGACAGGGCCGUGCCCCUGGCUGCUCUCAAGGCGGCUGGAUCCGGUCAGGGUGGAGGCCCGGGGUGGCUGGAAGCCAUCCGAGGCGCGGGCUUUGUGCCCUGUGCCCCAUCUCCACCAGGGCCGGGGGCUUAUUUAAUGGGCUAUUUAAUUAAAGGGUAGGAACGUGCCACGGGCCGGUCCCAUGGCGUCAAAAAAGGGGCAAAAUACAGUGUUCUGCCCACUUUUGAUAAAAACACAAAAGUGCAGAAGCUGCUAAAGCCUAGCCCCGGAGUGGGCCUCCCAGGAGGGCAGGGACGUCUGGAGCGGGUGGGUGCCCUUCGGAGAGGGGCUGCUAUCUCCCAGCAGGCAUGGGAAGAGCACUGGGAUGGGGGGUCCCACAGAGAAUGGGCCCUCAUCUAGAAAAGAGGUUUGAAACCUAACAUUAAACUAUUUUUCCUAAAAUGGGA